CAGCUCUCGGUCUGUGUGUGAGUGCAAGUAUAGGGCGUGAGGGUGUCUUCUCAGCUCGAGUUUGAAGUCUUUGCCCCCAAUCCCGUUUUCUAUUGGAGUGGAGCUACUUUACCGCUAGAAAGGAAGGAAGAGAGAGUGAGGUUACAGCUAAUCUCAAUUCCGUCGAAAUCAUGGGGAGAAGUGUCCACUUUAUUCUUCUUUUGGUUGGAGUCUUUGCCGUUUCUGAUGCUCAGCGAUGGGUUUGGAGGAGCCAGCGGUCCAGCCGUCGCCAGAUUCCCUCGCACGAUGUCCCUCGUGCUGAAGCCUUGGGUGGCCUCCCCGCCUCCCCUCUGCCCCUGGCCUCUUUCCCCUCGCCGGAUGCCCUCCCGCCCUCUCUCCCCACGCGACGCUCCCCUCUCGUAGCCCUCCCCAACCCCGGAGAACCCCUUGAAUUCCGGCCGCUUUCCAUAGACAUCUCCAAGCUUCCCCUGCAGACGUCUGAGGAAGUGCUACCGUCGGAAGACGUCGACCUCUCGCCUCUCGCCUUCGCGCUUCCCAAUGCUCCUGCAGGGGACCUUCUGAGACAGAACCUCGACCUCGGCGCCUCUCUUCCACGGCAGAUUCGGCAGGAUGAUUUCUCCUUUGCGGCUUCAGAAUCCGGUCUCCCGCUCAGCAUUUCCAAUCUGGAUGUCAGAGGCGGUUUCCAGCUCGGCCAGACAGAGUUCAGCCGCUCACAAGCUUUAGUCACCGCUCCAGAUAUAUCACUGCUUCCCUUGCAAGGAUCCAACGAGAACCAGGGACUGGACAGCCUUGGCUUCGUAAGUAGUCCUACAGGGCUACAAGAAUCGCUGAUACAAUCUUCAGGUUCAGGAGAGAACGUUCGAUUUCCGGAAAAGAUCGAACCCUUUACAGCAGAAAAUGGAAGAGACCGCCUGAUUCUUGCGACGACCCGCAUUCCCAUCGCGACUCCAAGGCCUGUUCGAGUGAUCCUUGAGGAUAUUCCCUCCCUAGACGCCUCUCCUUUUCUUCCCUUGAAAAAAUCCUCCCAAGCCUCUAAGAAGGAAACAAAUCCUAGAGACCCCAAGAGUAUAAUUGGCUUUGAGGAUCUCACCCGCAGUAAUCAGAGGCCUUUGGAAGACUCCGCCGUGUUUCCGAAAGGUGCUGAGAAAUUUAGCCACAGUGUAGCCGAAGGUGCCAUCGAGGUCGUGGAAGCUCCCAGGUUCGCCCGGCUUUCGGACACCGUUGCCGACGGCACGAUCUCCGCUUCCAGCUAUGUGUUCCCUCCCCCAACGGCUCUGAGGGGAUCCUCGCUCGCUCUCCAGAAACCCAGCCUGCCGACUCGACCCAGCCGAUCCCCUCUUAGCGCCAGCAAACCAGAGCCGAGGGAAGAUAAGGGCAUGACCGUGUUGUUCAAGAAGCCUUCGGGUCUGAAGAAGGAGAGACGCAUCCCUUCGUACGUGUGGCUUUGGCCUGGAGAAACACCUGCUUCGAGGGCCGCCAAGUUCUUCACAAGACCCUCCUUACAUGCCCUCUGAGACUUGUUGAUUUGUUUUGAAUUUUUAUUUUCUGUUUAUUCCUACAAGAUUACUCUGUUGUUAGUAGUACAAUAUGUUUUCUUUUUAUCUUAUCGUCGUAAACGAUCUUUUAAAAAGAAAAUAAACUUAUGUGAAAAAAAUGAUGCGUCCUAUGUCAUAUUUACAGAAUUUCUAUUGUAGCUACAUUAAACUCCCCCCCCCCCCAAUUUCUUUUAUCUUUCUUUUUUCUCAGAAAUGAUUGCAUUAAAAAUACAUUUCAACGAAUUGUUUAAUACUAUGUUAAAAAAUAAUAUUACUUAUUAGUGUAAUCUAUUGUCCACUAUCUAAUAACAGUGAAACAAAGAAUGUGCCUUAAAAUACGAUUUAUGCACAUUGUACUGUAGAAUCAGUGGUUUUCUUCAAUGUAAUGACAUACCUUUUCUUAAGACUGAAUGCUACUUAUUACAAAAAGACUACUUCUGCAGAGCUGGGAAUUAUUUAUAUCUAUAUAUGUAUAUAUAUUUUUUUCCUUUAUCAUUCCUUCCACGACUUUUUGGAUGCGUAAUGUAGUGUUUGGCACGUGUAUUUUUAUCCUUUUCUUUGCUUAUGAACUCUAAGGGGUUUAUAUUUGCAAUAAUAAAAAAUCGUAUAUUCCUAAAAUAUUUACAUGAGCAAAAUCAA